CGUGAGUUGUCGUGAGUGUCGAGACUCAAGGGUAUUUACAUGCAGUGACACGGUCGAAUUUGGAGCUGUUACAGUCGACAAAAAAGUAGUAAAAAUUUUGUAAAAUCAGUAUAGGUCGAUUAAAAAACGUUUAACAAUGGACUGCAACAAUAAAAAUACGCACAUCAAGAACGAGAUGCAGUGUCCUUUUACGUGGGAGAUGGACGAGAGCUUAGUGCUAGAUACAAAUUUGAACAAUGAGCUGUUCGAUAUAACAUUUACCGAGCAGCCGGUCAUUGCCUUUAUGAACAAUGUCACGCUGGCGUUCAUCAGCACUGUUAAAAAUGAGCUUGAGACAGCAGUCAAGUUUUUGAUAAAAGCCUCGCACAUCUGUGAGAAUAUCGAUUACGAGCAGCCCGUGCACCGGAAUGUAUCAAAGAACGUGCUGCAGCACAUCUGGCAAGCGAGCCUCUACUUUGUGCAUAAAGUCCUGAUUGUCAAACUGACCGAGCCAAAAGAAGAAACCACAAGUAUGAUGGUGAUAAGCUCAUUUCUGCCGCAACCGUUAGACGAUCCGCAGGCAAUAGAAACAGUGUGCACCCUCAAGGCCUGCCAGAGCAUGGCCUGGUACAACUUCAAAACCGGUAACGAGUCGGCUUACUGGCUGUCCCUUGCCCAGGCCAAGGCAGCGAGCGAUGACUGCCCGAGCGCUCCGCUUUUCCACUUCCUCGUUGGCCGAAGUCUCCUGCAUCCGCUCUGUUUUCAAAGCCUGAGCAACUGGCCAUUCGUUACCGAGCUUAACCACCUGCAGAGGGCUUACGAGCUCACCAACUGUCCGUUCAUUGGGAUUCACAUCGAGGAGGUCUUCAGGGAGAUCGGUGAUACUGAGACAGCCGAGCUCGUCCGUCUGGCUAUCCACAAGUCGCAACCCUUCAGCGUUUGGGUCAAGCUCAAGCUGGCCAUGGCUUUCAUACAGUGCGAUGACCUAGAGCGCGCUCGGGAGAUUAUCGAGAUGGUCCAUUUGGUUCAGCCAAAUCAUAAAAUGCUCGGGUUGUGCAAGGAAGCAUUCUGGAUCAAGCAGACGGCAUCGGGAAUUGCUUUAUGUGGUCAGAAGAGUAGCAUGGUCGUUUUGGCGGAAAGCCUUGAUGACAUGAAAUUGUGA